CUGAUUCCUCCGUUGACGUUUCUCCACAAAAUUUGUUGGAAAUAUAUAUAAUUUAUGUUCUUCAAUUUCAAGGUAAACCACAAGAACAUUCUAGAAAUUCUGCUAUUCUUUUCAAAUUUACAAAUUUAUUAUCUGGAAAUUAAUCUAGUUCUCACUUUCUGCGAAAACUUGGUCCUGAUUCUUUUGGGAUUUUUUCCCUCUUCUCAAGAAUAACAGCGAUUUGCUUUUGAGGAUUGAAGAUUUUGUUGAAUUUUGUAAGAGAAUUUUGAUUUGGGUUAUUUAGGGGUAAUGGAGAUUUAACAUCCAGAAUAUCAGAGUUUUGUUUAGUUUUAAGAGAACAUAAAUGGGAAAGGUUCUUUCAUCAAUAAAGAAGUCAGCUUUUUUGUAUAUAGAAUAGAAGUACUUAUCUGUUUUUUUUUUUUGGUUACUUUCAAAUACCAUGUUUGAAUAUUAAAAAGGGCAAUCCAUGGAGCCUAAUCAUAAUGUAUGCUUAAUCCAUCAAACGAGGAUCAGUUUAGGGGUUGAUUUUUAAGAUUAAGAAACGUGAGAUCGCAGUUGCAAUCCUCUCUCAUCUUGGUAUGGAGAGUACAUUAUGCUCUCGAAUUGGCAGUGAAUGAUGGUUCUAAUUACAUUUGAAACCAAAAGGCAUGGAAGACAAUCUAUUUUCUGGCAUUGCCAAUGGUCCGCAAAUUGAGGCCAAGGUUCUUGAGACGUUUCAGAAAAAUUUUGUUCAAGUUCAAAAUAUUUUGGACCAAAACAGAGUGCUAAUCAGGGAGAUCAACCAAAAUCACGAGUCCAAGAUUCCGGAUAAUUUGAGUCGAAAUGCAGGUCUAAUUAGAGAGCUCAACAACAACAUUAGAAGGGUAGCUGAACUCUAUGCGAAUCUUUCCAAUUCUUUUGCCAAAUCUAUGGAGGCUUCUUCCGAAGGAGAAUCAGCAGGAACUACUAAAUCCGAUGGAACAGGUGGGCAAAAGAGAAACCGAUCCAGCGAUUGAUCCGACUUUCGAUUCUGAUAGAGGGGUAUGCCUAAUCCUUGGACUGGUGUAACCUGAAUAGAGUAACUCAAAUAGCAAUGAAAUUUUCUUAAUCUUAGCCUUCAUAAUGAGCAAUUUCUUCCACAAGCAAAAUAAUUGAUACACCUACUUUUGUAAUUUCUGUAACUUUUUCAUUGAAAAGAAAGAGUUGUCUUCAAAUUUCGAUCUAUGCAUUUUUCUAUUGUCA